AUUACACUUAACAAUACUGUUUUCCAUCUGAACCGUCAAAAUAAUUUACAACCAAAUGAUAAGGCAACCGGCAAAAAGAUAAAAGUGAUUCAGCUCUAGAUUAAAAUAUAGAUUAGUACGAUAAAAGCAGUUGCAAGUGGCACGCGUAUGAAAUGUUAUAACUGUGCUCCAGAAAUGUUUAUGUUGAUUUGGAGUAUUGCGGUGUUAUUGCCCUACGUGGCAUCCGAGAGCUGUUUCCACAAACGUUGCCUCAGCUGCCGGCCUGAAGAAGUAUUCUCGCCUGGCGCCCCGAUAGAAUGCCACCCAAGUAAUUGGGUGUCCCCAGAAUGGGUGUUUAGGCAUGGUCACCCACCUCCAUCUACGAGCUCUAAAGUACCCAUAGAGUACAGAUGUUUGAAGAUGGUGGCGACCCCAGAUGAUAAAAGUAUCAGUAACACAGUAGACGUCAUCAAAGGCUGCGUCCCAAAGGUGCAAGUUGAUUCAGUUUGUCUCGGUUUAGAAGCAGUGGAGAGGUCUCGAGGCCAUAGUGACGCUCGAUGCUACAUCUGUAACGGAAAUAACUGUAAUACAGCCAUCCGUGAACACUUAUCAUUUUCUGUCCCACUCGUCUCCUUGAUAUUGUAUUAUGUGUUAAGGUGAAAGGAAUAUAUUUUCUAAAUAGAAUCCGCAUUGGUCAUUUUCUGUCAUUCUUUCACAUAAAUUGUCAACAAAAAAAUGAAUUCUUUGUUUUAUCUGUUCUCAUUAUCAUCAUUCAUAGAAAUUCAUUCCAUUGAGAGAAAAGAAUAUGUACGAAUGGUACCAGUCGAACGCUAGCCAUAAACGUGUGAUG